AGGCCACUCACAUAUCAUAAAACCAGAGGAGCAGCAGAGGAAGCAGCUGAAAAGCGUCUGUGUCACACUCAUUUGCUCAACUCAAGAUGACGGAAACUGAGAGGGCUGUUCAGGAGACCAAGGGUAAACCCACGACUUUCCGGUCCCAAAAAGAAAUGUUUGAGAAGAUGGAGGAAUCAUUCAAAAUCUGCGCUUGUUGCGAAAAGCGACCUAAUCAACUUUCAAACCCACAAAACCUAAAGCGUUGCUCCAGGUGUCUGAAUGCUUACUAUUGCUGUAAAGAGUGUCAGAGGGAAGACUGGCCCAAACACAAGAAGUUCUGCUCCCAACUCCGACUGGCUGCCAUCGACAGAGUUGUGGAAUGGCUUGUGUUUAAAGGAGACCUCCCAUUUCCCACAGAAAAAUGGUCAAAGCCCCAGUCAGAGGUUAAGGAUUGGGAUGACUGGCUUGCCAUGCAGGGAGAUCUCACAGCACGCCUUGAUCCCAUUUUAAAUGGAACAAACAUGAAAGAGUUGUGGACCAGUGCUGGUAGGCCUCAGCCAGAUGAUGAUGAUCUGAAGCAGUCGCUGUGGAGGGUUUCCAGUGAGUUCUUCUCCAGGCCGCUGACAAUAGCCUGGGGGAUGAGGCUCUUUGGUCUUAACCCUUUUUCCAAACCUCUCACCAUUCACCUGGUGGGAGCAGGCCACAGUGAGACUCUGUCAGCCAGACUGACGGACUAUGAUGAGCUGAACAAAAUGUUCCCGGGACACCAGGGGAUUGAAAUAGUCAUGGUGGGGCCGGAGGUGGUGGACGGCCCAAUUGUUCGGCCUCCUCUUAGAGCGUUUGGACCCAAACAGAGAGUCUACAUCAGCGCCUAUAAAGGCCUCUACCAUCAGUUCUGGGAGGAGCUGGUGGAGAAAGAGGAAGCAGCCAAGCCAGACCUGGUGGUUGGAUUUCAUCCUGGAUUUGAUGCCACCCAAGGUCUGGAUGAGGGCUGGCUUCCAACACUUCUGCUUCUCAGAGAUUAUGAGAUUCCUUCUCUUUUUACUGCCCUCACUGAGACGGAGAUGACCUACUCGUUGCAAAUUCUGCUGGAGCUGGAAAUGGACAUGAAAGGAAGUGGAGCCAACCCUUUUGCGUCACUGAAGCCAGAGGUUGUGGGCUCAUGUGCCAACAAACCUCCAGUCUACUGCAACUCCCAUUACUUUUGUUUUCAGGGUCUGCUGGAGACGGUGGAGUUUGAGGAACCAGAGGAUGCCUGAAAGACCAAAAAAAAACUGCAGCGCGCACACAUGGCUGGUUUUUACAACUGGAGUGCUGAUAAAUAUAUACAGUUUUUUUGGACUGUGAAGUUUUGUUUUUACAUGAACUGUAAAAAAAAAAAAAACAUUUG